AUGCGUGUAGAUGAGAUAUCUAAAACAGUUAUGGAAGACGUAUUGAUUUGUAGCUAUGAGGAGAGCCAGUUGAGAAGGCACAAACGAGUACAAUUGGCUACAAUGGUGUCUAACAAAAUGAGAGAGCUGGGCAGGCUACUCAUUGUUUUGAAGCAAACAGUUGGUAUUCGAAACUUAUUUGAUGCCCUCAAACCAGAGUUUUUUGAUAACAUUGUCACUGCUACAAAAAUUAUUAGUGGAUAUGAUGAGGAAAACAGAAAUUACAAGUCUCCUAGUCUGGCACUUCACAUGAGUACAAGACUAACUCAAGUGUGUGAUAUUGCAACCAAACUGAUGAUCAAAAAAAGUAAAUUCAUGCAUUACGAAAACUCACAAGAUUCACUCAAAAAUAUCAAACGCUUCAAAAUGUUAGUAUCGUCUCAUUUUAAUUCAGAAAUUUCCAGUCUUGCCCUGAAAGAUCUGAACGAGAAGCAAUGGAAGAAGCCUAAAACGUUUCCACUUACCUCAGAACUUCAACAAUUUCAGAAAUAUGUCAUGGACGAAGCAAGUGAAGCGAACAAGCAUAUCAAAGCAAAUGAACAGAUAUAUAUUCAUUUCCGGAAAUUAACAGAGUGUGUUAUGGCUUUAACUUUAUUGAUAAACCGAAAACGAAUUGGAGAGGUUCAGUUUUUGAAACUGGCGACCUACACAAGUAAUGCAGAAUCUAAUCACCCUGAAGAAUUUUUGGAAUCUAUUACGAAAAGUGAAAACAUAUUAACAGAACAUUUCAAAAGGAUUGUUACUGAAGGUAAAGGUAGUAAGCCAGUAGCUAUUCUGUUCCCUAAGAAAAUUCAAUUGCUUAUUGAUGUUAUAUUGUCUGUCAGAUCAAGAUGCGUGCCUGAAUCAAAUGAGUAUUUAUUCGCUAAUGCUAAAACCACAAACAGAUGGCUCAGUGGUUAUCAUAUUUUGAAGAAGUUAGCUGAUCUUUCUGGUGUUACAAAUGAGGACUUGUUUACCUCAACAAGACUCCGGAAACAAAUCGCAACUGUUCUUCAGGUCAUGAACGUUAGUGAGACUGAAAUGGAGCAAUUUGCUAAUUUCAUGGGCCACACGAAAAAAACUCACGAGGAAUAUUAUAGGUAG